AUGAAUCUGAAUGUGGUGCAAGAGGAAAUUUCCAAUGAAGAAUGUGAUGAGCGCCUGGAUUAUGAUAAACAUGGCGUUCGACAGAAUACUUCUUCGAGCGUUUCCUCCAAUUCAUCUCAGCCAAGUCGAGCAAUCUCUUUUCACGUGAGACAAAAGUCAGCACAGUUAGAUUCUGUAGAUGGUCCGAUAUGUUUAGGUGCGCCCUACCCGGAAUCUUUUACUACGCCAAACAGGCAGAUAAACAACGUCCCCCAAACAUCUUGGUUUUCAUGGCAAUCAGUUCAGACUUCUAUGUCUUCUGGUGCGCAGUCCUCAAUGGAAUCACUCUCCUCACCCUCAUCUAUUGAUGAGACAUCACCUCGUCGACAAUUGAAAGGAGGAACAGUCAGAAUAAAUGAUGAAAAGAGAUUGAUCCUGAACAACAAUGAUAAGAAAGCAAUUUUCCCACUACCCUGCUGCGCAUUUCACACUUGUCUAGGGCAGUCUAAAUGCCUUAUUAUUGUCUUUUUAGUUUUACUUUUCAUGAUAUUUGCUCUUAUUGCAGCCAUAAUUGCUCUGGCAAUUCGCAAGCAUAAUUGA